AUGUCUUCUCAAUUAUCUACGGAAAAAUUAAAUAAAUGUCAAAUGAAAUCAUGUUCACGUGAUAUUGAAGCACAUUGUUAUCAUUGCCGACGUGAUUUAUGCUCAAAACAUUUCUCAAAACAUAAACAAUCGCUUCAUAAUCAAAUUGAUCCUGUUGCUAAUCAAAUUAAUGAACUUAUUCAUCAGAUUAAUUUAUUAAUUCUUCCAGAAUUUACUCAGGUACCGUUACGUGAAUUAGAACAAUGGCGAAAAGAAAGUCAUCAAUUAAUCGAUCAAUUAUGUUUAAGAAAACGUCGUGAAAUUAAAAGAAGCGCACAAAAAUAUGAAAAAGAAUUUAUUUGUUAUAAUAUCGAACAACGAAAAAUACUAGAAGAAAUUAAACAAAAACUUCUUCAACUUGUACAUGAUAAAAAUGCGAAUCGUCGACAAAUUGAAACUAUAAAACAUCAAUUAGAAGAUAUUACAUUGAGUUUUAUCCAAUUUUAUAAACGAUUUAUCCAUCUCGAGACAAUACCGCUGUCAAUCGAAGAUGAGUACGUGAAAGUUUCUAAAACUACAAUUUAUUUAUAUAAUCUUAAUAAACCAACAAAACAAUUUCAUUUAACACGAGGAACAUUAUCAGCAUUAGCAACAAAUGAGAACUAUAUUCUCACAGAAGAAUAUCCAAACUUAUGUUUGUAUAAUUAUCAGCGUCGACUUUGCGAAUUAGUAUGGAACGAUAAUGAAGUUUACGAUAUGUGUUGGUCAUCGUCUCUAAAAGUCUUUAUUAUUCUGACUUUGUCAAAUCUAUUUAUACUUGAUGUUCCAACGAUGAAACUAGAAAAUUUUCCUGGAAUGGAAUUAUAUCGCAAUGAAAGAUAUUUUCGAUGUACAUGUUUCGAGCAAAAACUUUUUAUUUCCUAUUGGGGUAGUACAUUGGUAGACGAAUAUUCUCUUUUAUCCUUUAAUCGUGAUAAACGGUGGCAAACACCGAUUACAUGCGCCUAUGAUGAACAAAUAUUUGAUAUAAAAUAUAAUGUUAAUGAACAAUUAGGUCUGACAAUUUCCAACACAUCUAAACAUCAAUGGCGUGUUGAUGUGAGAAAUUCAAAUACAAUGGAUUUAUUAUGGUCAUUAGAAACACCCUUAUCUCAGUUUCAUUCUUCAUUAAGACUGUGUCCAUUACCAGACAGUGAAUGGAUUGUGAUUGAAUGGGGUGGACGACAAUUAUAUGAGCUAUCAGUAGAUGGCAGAUUGAAGACAAAAAUUCAUUAUGAGAAUGAACUGAAAAAUGUUGCAAUGUUAAACGGGAAAAUAGUGGCAGUCCGAACAGUUGAUAAACUUGAUUUAUAUGAUCUUAAUUAUAAGCUACUAACUACUACUAUGAACUAA